AAUUGCUUUAAUUUGGAUCAAAGUUCAGUUAUAUAUGGAGUUGGGGAAAUCGGCGAUAGUGUUGUGUACUGUCUCACAGUUGGAAGUGUUCAGUAUUCAUUCGGUGUGAAUGAAUGUUGUAGUCCUGUAUUUUUACAGUAAACUUUCACCUCGUUUUGUGUCCAGUUCAUAAGUAUGCAGACGACCACUAGAACGGCGGCUUCAAGAGAGCUGCAUAAAGGGAAAGUAGCAAUAGUUACUGGUGCUACUUACGGGAUUGGGCUAGCUAUUGCACGACGCUUGGCACAAGAAGGUGCCCAUGUUGUAAUAAGCAGUCGAACACAGGAGCAUGUCGAUACAGCACUGGCACAGCUGAAGUCUGAAGGCCUUAAUGUUUCAGGAAUCGUUUGCCAUGUGGGAAACGAAGAUCACCUAGAAAGGCUAGUCAAGGUGACUGUCGAAAAGUAUGGUGGGAUUGAUAUUUUUGUGUCUAAUGCAGCAACAAACCCCUUUGUAGGCAAUAUGUUGGACUGCAGCAAGGAAACUUGGAACAAGAUACUUGAUGUAAAUCUGACAGCAGUCUUCCUCUUAAUAAAACUUAUUGUUCCUCAUAUGGAGAAACGAGGUGGUGGAUCCAUUGUGUUAAUAUCCUCUAUUGCUGGUUACAGUCCCACACUGGGUAUUGGUCCAUAUUGUGUAAGCAAGACUGCCCUUCUAGGAUUGACCAAGGUCCUGGCUUCUGAGUUUGGUCCCAUGAAUAUUCGUGUGAACUGUGUUGCACCUGGACUCAUUAAGACCAAAUUCAGUACAUAUCUGUGGCAAAAUCCAGACCUGAUGAAAGAAAUAAAUGAAAAAUUGCCUUUGAAGAGGUCUGGGAACCCGGAGGAGUGUGCCGGCGCAGUGUCUUUCCUUUGCUCAUCUGAUGCUUCCUAUAUCACUGGGGAGACUCUCAUUGUGAGUGGUGGAGGCCAAGCCAGACUCUAAGAUGAUUUGGAUAUUGAAGGGAGAAGAUGGAAAUUCUGAAAGCUUUGAUAAUGGGGGCACCUACUUUCAAUAUGUGCAGCUGGAAAGAUUUGCUUUUUUGCCCAUUCUCUUUUCGUAAAGGCACAAAUUGUAUGCUUAUAUCUGAAGAUUAGAAUUUCAUAGCUUUAAAGUGCGCAUAAAGAUGUACUGGUAUAAUUUCAUUGGUUCUCACACAGUGAGUUAAACAUCCUUUCUUGGUUGAUAUAAAAUAUUUUUCUGCAACACUGAAUCAACAAAGCUAAUCAGAAGAAAAUCAUAUGAGGAGGGAGGUUGGCAUAAUGGUUAAGGUUUUACCUUACAGACACAAAGUGAAGGGUAUGAUACUCACAGUGAACCUAGUACAAAUCUAUAAACCUAUGAUCUGCUCAGCCAACCCAGAAGAUGGUAGCCCAGCAAGAAACAAAUAUAUGAAAGCCAUUAUUUAA